AUGUAUCAAAGACGUUAUUGCGCUAAAGCUAUGUCGUUGCCCGGAAGCAACGCGCUGUAUGGCUCGCGUACAAUGUCAAAUGAGCAAGAGCCGCUGCAAUGGUGUUCAGAAAAGGUGAAGAAUAGAAAUGGGUUAGGUAUUAUCGUGGAUAAGCAGUGGAAGAAGGAUAUAGUGGAUGUCAAGAGGGUAGAUGAUUGGAUCAUCUCUACCAAACUUGUGGUAGAAGCAGUUACUUUUCGUGUGAUUAGUGCCUAUGCACCGCAAGUAAGUUCGGACGAGCAACACAAGAUAAGGUUUUGGGAGGAUCUAGAGAGUUUGGUCCAAGACAUUCCUUUGUGA